AUGCCUAUCCAAGCCAUGGUUGAAAAGACAUACGGAAAGCACGGAGGGACGCUGCACGAUGCAAAGACCAGCUACGGACAGACCAAGACCCGCUAUUCCGGCUCGUGGCUAUGGCCAUGUCCGAUAGAGAUCGCGGCCACUCGUCUGGCCGUUGGCUUGCCGCCGUGGACCCGUUCCGAGGAGGUGCAGGCGGCUGCGAGCAGAGCACCUCCAACCGGCUUCCUGCAUCUGGUCAUGAUUGUCAACUCAGGCAGCAGAACAUGCAUGAAUGUGCUGGAGCCGGGCGCGUACGCCGUCGGCUAA